GCCCGGAGUACCCGGAUGAGGGCUCGCUGCGGGGGUUGUAAGUGGAACGGCGGUGGUUACCGAGGUGGCAGAGGCGGGCGUGAGCGGGAGGAGGAGGUGCUACUGCUGCUUCCACUGUGCUUGGACCCAGGUAGCACCCAUAGGAUCGUCCAUCCUCUGGCAGCUCAGUGGGAAGGUGUGAACUCAGGUUGCUUCAGAGCCUCUCCGCCAUGACCUCCAAGAAGCUGGUGAACUCAGUGGCAGGCUGUGCUGAUGACGCCCUUGCUGGCCUGGUGGCCUGCAACCCCAACCUGCAGCUCCUGCAGGGCCACCGGGUGGCCCUCCGUUCUGACCUGGACAGCCUCAAGGGCCAGGUGGCACUGCUGUCGGGUGGGGGUUCUGGCCAUGAGCCUGCCCAUGCAGGUUUCAUAGGGAAGGGGAUGCUGACGGGCGUCAUCGCAGGAGCUGUGUUCACCUCCCCGGCGGUGGGCAGCAUCCUGGCGGCCAUCAGGGCAGUGGCCCAGGCUGGCACAGUGGGGACCCUCCUCAUCGUGAAGAACUACACUGGGGAUCGGCUCAACUUCGGCCUGGCCCGGGAGCAGGCCCGGGCUGAGGGCAUCGCUGUGGAGAUGGUGGUCAUUGGGGAUGACAGUGCCUUCACUGUCCUGAAGAAGGCAGGCCGGCGGGGGCUCUGUGGCACAGUGCUCAUACACAAGGUGGCAGGUGCCCUGGCUGAGGCAGGUGUGGGGCUGGAAGAGAUCACAAAGCGGGUGAGCGUGGUUGCCAAGGCCAUGGGUACCUUGGGCGUGAGCUUGUCCUCCUGCAGCGUCCCUGGCUCCAAACCCACCUUUGAACUCUCAGCCAAUGAGGUCGAGCUGGGACUGGGGAUCCACGGGGAAGCUGGCGUGCGCCGAAUAAAGAUGGCAACUGCCGAUGAGAUCGUGCGGCUCAUGCUUGACCAUAUGACGAGCACGUCCAAUGCAUCCCACGUGCCUGUGCAACCAGGCUCCUCGGUGGUGUUAAUGGUCAACAACCUGGGCGGUCUUUCAUUCCUGGAACUGGGCAUCAUGGCUGAUGCUGCCGUCCGCUCUCUGGAGGGCCGUGGGGUGAAGAUUGCCCGUGCCCUGGUGGGCACCUUUAUGUCAGCACUGGAGAUGCCGGGCAUUUCUCUCACCCUCCUACUGGUGGAUGAGCCCCUCCUGAAACUGAUAGAUGCUGAAACCACCGCAGCAGCCUGGCCUAAUGUGGCCAAAGCCUCCGUGACUGGGCGGAAGCGGAGCCGGGCAGCCCCUGCAGAGCCCCAGGAGGGCCCUGAUUCCAUUGCUGCAGGAGGCUUAGCCUCAAAGCGUAUCGUGCUUGUGCUGGAGCAGGUGUGCACCACCCUCCUGGGCCUGGAGGAACAUCUUAAUGCCCUGGACCGGGCUGCUGGUGAUGGGGACUGUGGCACCACCCACAGCCGUGCUGCCAGAGCCAUCCAAGGGUGGCUGAAGGAGGGUCCACCCCCUGCCAGCCCUGCCCAGCUACUCUCCAAAUUGUCCGUCCUGCUACUGGAGAAGAUGGGGGGCUCAUCUGGAGCGCUCUACGGCCUGUUCCUGACUGCGGCCGCCCAGCCCCUCAAGGCCAAGACUGACCUCCCAGCCUGGUCUGCUGCCAUGGAUGCCGGCCUGGAGGCCAUGCAGAAGUAUGGAAAGGCUGCCCCAGGGGACAGGACUAUGCUGGAUUCUCUGUGGGCAGCGCGACAGGAACUCCAAGCCUGGAAGAGCCCAGGGGCUGACCUGUUCAAAGUCCUGACCAAAGCAGUCAAGAGUGCCGAAGCUGCAGCCGAGGCCACCAAGGAUAUGGAAGCUGGAGCAGGAAGAGCAAGCUAUAUCAGCUCUGCUCGGCUGGAGCAGCCAGACCCUGGGGCAGUGGCAGCUGCCACCAUCCUCCGUGCCAUCCUCGAGGUUUUGCAGAGCCAGGGCCUGUCCUCUGAGUUCAGCAGGAAAUCCUCCACCAAGCCUCCAGAACUGCUCCACAGCAGGCAGAGACAGCACCACCCUGGAGUGGGUCGCAUGCCUCUCCAACACUGACCUUUCCCUCUUCAGGGAGAGUGGAGUCCCUGGGUCACCCCACCCUGCCCCAGCCAGCUCUGGGCUUCAGCAAUAAGGCAUUUUCUUUCCCUGAGCUAUAGCACAGCCUGUAAUUGGCAAUACUAACUUGAUUUAAGACUCCCUGUGAAAGGCCUUCGGUACCUGAACACAGGUCAGUGUGCAAAAGAAAGCUAAUAAACCACAUUGAAGCCACAAAGCUGCUACUUCCUCCAAGGGACCUUUCCCAAGCACGGGAAGAAGUGGGCCCACUGACGCCCCAGGGACAGAGGCCUCAGCCCUGGCUGCACAGCUCAUGGCCCAUCUCCCACAAGGCUGUCCUUGACCACCUGAGCCCCAGUGGCAAGGUCUGCUUAGCUGUCCUCCUUCCAGUGUACACACCCCACACCUGAUGUACUGGAAGAAUGGUGGAAAGGCUUUUCUCUGCACUGAAUUAACAAUUCAAUGAUACUUCAGAAAUCAAAUGGGCAUCUGAGACCCCAGAAGGAAAAGAAAUCACCAUAUUCUAAGGCUCAGUUGUAGAUCAGAAACUGCAGCCAAGCCAGCCCCCAGGUUUCUUUCUAGAGCAAUCACUGAUGGCAGCUGGGCGAACAGGCGAGGCUGCUGACUGUGGUGCAUGGUGGAGACAGCACAGCACGCACCUGGCAGGUCCUCAGUGUUGGGGGUGGCUAAUAAAGAUACUGGCCAUGGACUCACACACAA